CGAAAUCAGAGCUGCCGACCGCUGGCGCGUGGAGCACCCUGGCCGCGCUGGAGGGCGCGCCCUUGUCCUGGCCCAGAUGGGCGUGGACCGCGCGUUCUAUGGCGCUGCCACGCCGCCGAGGCUGCGCAAUGAUUUCGCGCUGCCACUGGUGGACGUCGAUACCCACCUGGCCGAGAGGCCCGACUUGGCCUCGCGGCCGCCCGCGGGGCGGAAGGGGCCCGCCACCGCCGCGCACGAGGACGGGGCCGCCGUCAUCGGUCUCAACUACGCCGAGACCGCGGAGACGGCCAAGCGGGGGCCGCGUCGGGCUCAGACGCUGGCGGAGCGAAUGCGCUUGAGCUUGCCGCACGUCGUCGACCGCGGGUCGGCCACGGGCGACGAGAUGCGGGCGCUCCACAGCCGCUUCGCGCGGAGCGCGCUGGUCCAGAGGGAGCUCCUGUCGAUCUUCUCCGCGACCUACCGCUUCGCGAUGCGGGCCAGCGGGCGGCGGCGCCGCUUGAAGAGCGCCGCGGAGAUGGAGCUUCGCGUCGCGGCCGCGCUCGUCGCACCCCCGACCCGGUGGCAAGCCGCGCCUGAGGCCCCGACGACGUCGCACGGGCCUGCGCACAAGCCGAGCGGUGGCGGCUCCUCGCGUCCGAAGCAGUCUCGGCGCGGGCGCGCUCUCAAGCUUUCGGAGCGCCCGCGCGCCCUCUCGCCAUCCUGCGCCGAGAAAAGUGCCAGCAACAGUGGCCAGAGCGAGCUCGAGCAAGUCGCGAUCGCCACCCUGGCUCGACUGAGGACUUCGCCGCGCGGCCCAGUGUUCGACCAGGCUUUCGGGAACAUGCACACAUCCGGGGGCCGUCUCGCUCGAGCAAAUCACUUCGGCCACGCCGGCAGCUUCGACCUUUGGCAGCUCCAG